GGGUGUGGCUGAUUCUGCAGAAAAUUUUGAAGAGUCAAAUUGUGUGAAGAGUGUGUACUCGCUCAAUGGCUACAGAGAGAAGGAUUGCUCGGCCUCCACGUCACGUCAACCUCAGGACACAACAGCGUCGCUUGCGUCACGUGAGGAGUCUGGCCGUGAGGUCUCUCAAGCCCCCAGAGCCUAUUCUGUGGGAUCCAUUGGCUGUCAAAGUCAAAUUCACUCUCUACGAUCUACGCCAUUCCAACACAGUGUUGUACACUAGCAGUGUCCUUGAAGAAACAUAUAAUCCAACAUGGAGGUCCCUCACAUUUCAAUAUGAGAAGUUUGGAGACAGUGUCACAAUUAACAAGUUUAAGAUAAAGGUUUGGCUUAUCACAGGUGAGUCUAAAGAGGAGAUGAUGUGCUUUGAGAAGAUUGUUGAUCUCAGUACAUACAGAUUCAUGGGAGUCAGCAUUGGUAGACUAGAUAACCUCAACUAUCCAUCAAACAGUGUGGUGGUAGCCACUGCUGAAGGUUACUAUUGUAAUACAGAGGUGGGUGGGUUACCAAGAUCCCCUCACUUCAGUCGGACCAACCAACUGGUUGAGUAUCUUCCUCGUAAUUCUCUCAUUGAAGUUUCUAAAUCAGAAGUUGGUGAGUCUUGUUCAUUGGAAUAUUUGAAUAAGAUGUUGGAUCAACAGCAAAGACUGACUAGUCUCAGGGAGAAAGUAAAGACUCAGAAAGCAGAGAUUCAAGCAACUAGACUCAAAAUGGCCGGAUCUCUUAAAAAGAAGGAGCAGCUCUCAAGACUAAAGGUUCGUGUUGAAUUACUCAAACAGCAACUAGCAGAGAAAAGAGAAACAUUUGAAAAAGAAAACAAAAAGUUGGUUAAAUUGCAAGGAUCUUUAAAUGAAAGAGAGACGACACUAAAAAAUGGGAAAAGUGAUUUAUUAAAGUCACAGUCCAACUUUGACGAAGAUCAUCUAAUGUUCCUACAGAGAAGGGAUCAGUUGAUAAAGACUCAGAGGCAGUUGUACUUAAGACAGCGGACGCUGAUAUCAGAACUAUCACAAACUUUCUGUAUACAACAAAUGAAUGACGCCUACACUAUAUGUGAUGUGGCACUACCCAAUGGAGACCCUCUGGAAACUGGAUCUGCUACAGUUGAUCAGAUUGGUGUUGCUUUUGGCUAUGUGGCUCAUUUGGUUUACUUGCUGUCAGAGUUCCUAUUGAUACCAUUACACUAUCCCAUCGUACCACUGAGACCCAAAGCUACCAUCAUUGACAACAUUCAUGUGGGGAUUGACAUUAAAGAGUUCCCUCUCUAUGUCAAAGGUACUGAAAAGGCUCUUUAUUUAUUUGGCCUAUACUUAUUGUGGCGAGACAUACUACAGAUAAGACAGCACUGUGGGUACAACACAUCUAAAUCAACUAUUAGGAGGACAUUACCAAACCUGAAGGGUCUCUUAGAUAAACUAAUGAUGGACAAAUAUAGUAUUUUCCCAUUGAGAGAGUCCUCACAUCCUGUACAUAGAGCCACACCCUCUCUCACCUCAACUCUAUCAUCAAUAGGUCGUCCCCCACUAUCCUACAUGGACACUUUCUCUCACUCGUCGCUCGAUCAAGACGACUCCAGUUACAAUCCUAACCGACCGACGACGCCCAUUUUAAUGGACCCGUCCAAUGGAUCACGGAGAGACUCAACACCACAAGACGACUGGAACACCGGCUCUUAUCACAGCCCCAGCCCGAGAUCCCGUUCCUCUCUUCUUGUUGAUAAUUCAAAAGCCCCCAUACUACGAGGGGGCGGGAGUGGAAAAAUAAAGAGACGAAUUAAACGACCCUCCACACCCCCCGAUGAUGCCCCCUUUCAAUUAUCGGAGUCACCGUCUCGAAAAACCAUUUACAUGGUCGAUGUACCACGCCCACUUUCAAAUACCAUCAGCACUGUGUCAGAAAUUGGUAUAGAGGAGUCUUUGCUUCCUGCGUCACUACCAGUUGUGUCUUUGCCCACUUUGAGUUCACCUGCAAUGUAUUCUACCAGUGACCCAAUGCAUUUGGACUAUGUACACAUUGAGUGUGAGAACGAGUCUGAGUCUAGGCGGAAUGGGUCCGAGUCUUGGCGGAACGGGUCUGAGUCUCAGCGGAAUGAGUCUGAGUCGAGGCAGAAUGGGUCUGAGUCGAGGCAGAAUGGGUCCGAGGAGACGAUCACUGAUGUGUUUUCUAAUGCUUUUGGAUUAGAAGAAAUCUCUGUUGUCCCCGAGGAGGUAGUUCAGACUAUUAACAAUGAAUAAUAUUGUGUAUAAAUUAUAUCAAAUAUUAAUAUUGCUAUUAUUAUUAUUAUUAUUAUUAUUAUUAUUGUUAAUUAUUAAUAAAUCAAUUAAAUUAUAAGAAUUGAUAAU